AUCCUUGAUUUAUUGCUUCGUUGCCACGUUCAAAGAAAGUUGAAACGAAAUCAAAGAAAGUAUAAUCAUCACUGUUACUUACUCAUCUUUCCCAAUAAAAAUCAUUUACCUCAUCAUUUUUACACCGUAAACCUUCCUCACUUUCUCACACGAAUAAAGAAACCAAAAAAAAAAAAAAAAUUCCCAGAACCGGUAACUAACUGACAUGUACUCACGCAACCCGACCCGAUUCCGAUCACCCAAAUUCCUCACCUCGAGGGCCGAGCGUUUUCUCGGCAUCACAAACCACGCGCCGCCACUCGAUAACUCCACACCCUUCGAAUUCAGCGAAGACGACGUCGUUUUCGGUCACGACGAAUACAACUACCAUCACGAAAAUCCUUCUCCCUUAGGCCCUCCCGAUUCAUCUGAAAUCCACGCCGUCUCGCCGGAAAACCAAGACUCUCCCGAUGCGGUAGACGCUACGGAUUUUCUCGAUCUCGACUCUGUUUCAAUCUUCUCUUCCGUUUCCUCCGAUUUAUCUUCCUCUUACGCAACGCAACCGAUUCUCGUCCAGCAAUCAGCGACAGACCGAACUCGGCCGUUUCCGUCCCUCGCCGCGACUAAAUUCUACCAUUCCGCGCCGAUUAAUAUUCCGAUUAUGUCGCUGGAGAUGGCGGAGCUAGCAAGGAAAUUCGAAGAGGAAGAAGCACGAGAGUUGGCUGAGGAGGAAGAUUUCAAGAACAAGAUGCCUCCGCAUGAGUUUCUUGCGAAGCAAUUGGAUUUUUCACGGAUGCAUUCGUGUUCGUUGUUUGAAGGAGUUGGAAGAACCCUAAAGGGAAGAGAUUUGCGUAAAGUUCGGAAUGCCGUUUUGAGCCAAACAGGUUUCAUUGAUUGAAAAACAAUGAGUUUUGAAUUUUGUUUUUCGAUUUUUUCUUUUUUUCUUUUUGAUUCUUUAUAUUUUGACAUAUUUUCUUAGUUUUUGAAUCUCCGCCUAUGAGUUUUGGCUGAGAAAUUGCAUAUGAAUAAAAACCCUAAUGAAUAAAGAUGAAAUUGAAGACCUGGUCAAUAAUAGAAGCAAAGUAUUUCAAUUUUAUUAUUUCUUUAAUCAACAAAAGUAUAUAAUUCUCUUAUGAUUAAUGUGUUCUGUUGGAAGAUAUUGUUGUGAAUUUUGGGUAAUUUAUUUGAAUUAUACAACUCUAACGAUGAUUUUUGCGACGUGUUGAAGUAGUUUGUUUCUGUUUCCAUAGAAAUUUUUUUUGGAAAUUUUUGUUGAAACUAUGUGGUGAUUGAUAUGAUUGUAAGUUACAUGUAGUCUAGUUUCUUACUAUUUUUGGAUUAGUUUGGUAGGACAUAUUUUUCUUUUUAUGAUUUUGUUGAUAGUUGAUUUAGAAAUCAUGAUGAGUAUGUUGUAGAUGAUGAAAAGAAAAUUGGUGUCUAAAAUCUUACCGACAUGGAGCCGGUGAUGUUGUUCUGAUUGUGUAAGUUAUUCCUAUAGGAUAGUCAAUGGUUACAGAACUAAGCCUCUGGUUUUGGGUGUUCUUAUGAGCAUGUUAGGAAUGACAAAGGAUAGAAAUUGGAACUUAGAAGAUAAGUAAAGUUUGAUGGUUAGCUUCUUUUCUUACCAUGCAGCCACAUUACUCCUGUUUAAAAGACACAUGAUGUUGAUACUCCACACUUUUAAGUUUCAAUGAGACACUCAUUUAAAUUGAAAAAUGAAAAACCUAAACACUUCGUUUAGGAGUCCGUUUUUCCAACAGUCUUUCUUAUAUCUGUUUGAUCUUUGUUUUAAAAUUUGGAAGGCUUUUCUCCGACUCUGUUAUCUUUAGGAUGAUUUACACACUUUCAUACAGCAUACAGAUGAAGGAUCAUGCACAGCAGAGAUGCCAGAAUAAAAUUUAAUGGCUUAGUGAAAGAUUCAGAAAUUAUUCCUAGACUUUUAAUUUUUAUGUUAUCUUUAGGAUGAUUUAUACACUUUCAUACAGCACGCAAAUGAAGUACCGUGCACAACAGAGAUGGCGGAAGUGUAAUACAUUUGUGAAGGAUUCAGAGAUUAUUCUUAGACUUAUGUUUGAAAAUGUAAGACUUUUGGUUUUUCUUCUGCUACUAAUCUAUGUACCUAUGGGCAGCAAAGCCAAAAAUAGUGGUUACACACUUACAUGCAGCAUGCUGUAAUGCAAUUGCUUUCAUUU